GGCCGCGUGUCUCGGACCAAUGAAGGCCUGUACUGAAGACAGCUUGCUGUUGGUACAGACUGGAUGCUUCUCUUGCAGUCACGUUGUGCCUCCUGGAAAAACCUUAAUGAAAGAACUCUUUCAGUGCUGGCGUGUUUCCAGAUACUGCACAUUCAUGGAGUGCAAUAAUACUGUAUAGUUUUUUUAAGAUUUCAUUCGACCAGUUCAUAGCUCGACAAUGCAGGCAUUACUAAUUGUAACUUAUUUUAUAUUCAUGUUUCACGCGGUGGCAGAUUGAGUUGAUACCUGAUUUUCCCUCAGAAAAAGUUUGUUUAAUCUGUUGUAUUUUAUAUGGAUUUAUGUUCUUUUUGUAGUUUAAAAUGAAGUUACAGGAACGUCUGAUGUUGUCUUAAACUGUUAAGUAACCAACAGCCGCCUGUCAAAUAUCUCUGAUGUGGUAAAAGCAGGUUUGUAUAUUUUUCAAAAUAUAUGGCAGAGUUGAACAGUGCAUUAUAUACUAAAUUAUAUGAACAAAAUUAUAUUCAGAGUAAUUGCAUCAUUUUGUGAAUUCAGUAAAAAUUAAAGUCAGCUGCUUUUCAAGUGGUGUUGGCCAGCUUGAGAGGUUUUCCCAUGGCCAUUCUGAAGAGUUUAAAAGCUGGGACUUUCUACUGUCCAAAACAGAAAUAGGAAAUGGAAUUGGAAUAAAGAGUUCUCAUUGGCUGUGUGAAGUACCUUGUGAGUCGCUGAUGGUGAUGAUAUUCUUAGAACUGUAACUGAAAAAUGCAUAAAAAGUCCACUUCCCAAAGCUGUCCAUGGUGUGAUGUGUUGGUUGUCUUGUAUGAGCGCCUUUCUGCAGCCUUGCUCUGUUAGGAUUUGGUGCCCAGCUGUCUUCCCUGCUCGGGGCGAGGAGCUGCGUUGUGUGUGGGGUGGGGGUGAUUUACACGAUGCAGCUCUGAAGGGGUGCAGUGGAUGUUGGGUGGCUGCAGUGGUUGCUGAAGGGCAAGGCGAGCCCAUCGGUGUCAGGUGCCAUUCUGGGGCUGUAGUCAUAGAAUCAUUAAGGCUGGGAAAGACCACUAAGAUCAUCUAGUGCAAUCAUCAACCCAUUGCCACCGUGUCCACUAAACCGUAGACACUGUAACUCUAGCCCAGACUCCCCAAGAUGGAGCUGAGGCCUCUCCUGGGCAUGGGCAUAGUGCACUUGGUUCUCUGCCAGGGCCGAGCUGCUGGAGCUGCACGUCCUGCUCUGACUAUGCCUGUGACCCCUGUUAUGGCCGUCCUGCCCCAGGAGAGCUGACAGGAACUGGCACUGCUGCCCAGGGGAUGGAGUUGCUGUCCCUGAAGUUGUUCAGGAGCUGUGGGGAUGUGACACCGAGGGAUAUGGUCCGUGGCAUGGUGGGGGUGGGUUGGGCUUGGGGAUUGUAGAGAUUCUAUGAAAGCUGCAGAGCUGCUGGCAGUCAGGCUAUGAGCUGCGAGAGUGCUCAGUGUCUCACCUUGUGAAGGUACAGAUGUCUCAUCCUCCACCUGUUUUUUGUCCUUGCCCCGAGCUACAGGGUUUCACACCCCUUGUAUAACUACUUACGUGCUUCCUGGGUCCUCCUUAUCAUACACUGCCUUUAGAUGGGUAGAAGGAGAGAGCUUCAGUAUGCUGGGACAAUAAAUCAGAUAAGAGCUGCAAUGAGGACAGCAGUCACUGUUUGUAAGUACUGUCUGACGCACCUCGGGACUUAAGGAGGCAUUUAAGUAAGGUUUUGAGUAACCCCAAAGCUCUGUCCACCCAACUGAAAGAAUACGCUGUCAGUUGCUAUAAAGGUGUUGCUAAUCACAACCAUUAAACGUGCAAUGGCCUCAGAACCUGUUUGAUUCUAUGAUGAAAUUGUUUUUUUAGCUCUUCUGAAAUAGAUAAGCCAGAAUUUCUAGUGCGGAUAGUGUUUUUAGUUUCUCAUUAAUUAUAUUUCUAAGACAGAUCAGGCAAAGCAAAUACAUGCACAGAUGUGUUGCUAGGCUGUGAUUUUCCAUGAGCUGUUUGCCUGUCACCCUGGUGAUGCCCAUGGUCUGUUCGCUGCCCGCAGUAUUCCUCUUUUCAUCUGUGCAAGAUCAUAUAAUGAAGUGUUGGGGUUAAGAAUGUGAGAACCUUAGCUGAUGUUCAUUAAAUGCACCAGAAGCACAGCCUUCGUUUCUCAUUUGAGGGGCACAGGCUGACCUGUGUUCCAGUCCUUCUGCAGUUGCUCUGGGCUGCAGGGUCCACUGAGUAGAUUUGGUUUAAUGGGGGGACCAGGCCUAUGAAUGCUAUUCAGUGAUCGCUACCCCCUGAAAAACUGAACAGUGAAAUGGAAAAAAAGAGCCUCAAUAGUCACUAAAAGGCAGCAAUAUGUGCUGGGGGCCAGACACCAUCUGACAGUGUAAUACCGGGGUGCUUUGACCAGGAGGGCUGGUUCAGGCUGAACUCAGUGCUUCCUUGUGCUUAGCUUCAGGCAGCGAGCAUCCUGAGGCUGCUAACAGCCUCCAGCAGCAUCCAAGGGGUCAUACUGAGUGUGAGCACACGCUGUUUCCCGUUCACCCCCUCCAGCACCCCAGACUCCAAAAAACACCCAGCAUGGUGCUUUUUGGAUGCACUGUGUUUUCUGUGUGCUCAGUAAUCCUGAAGGGAUUUCUCUUCCUUGGACUGCUGUGCCGAGCGCGUCUUUGUUGUGUGGGGAAGGUCCCAUGAGCAGCACUGCAGGCUGGUAACAGGAUGUCCUGGUGUUAAAUUCACAGCUUUAAGCUCUCCUCUCCUGGAUAGUGCUACUUAUUGAUUUUAAAAUGAAGAUGUAAAGACCCAUUUAUGUAAAUAAGCCAUAUUCGAGCACUUGAGAUCAAUUUCACCAUAUCCAAAAUGGAUAUUAAAUAAUGAUUCUGAUAGGCAGAUUCAAACUUGUUGAGCUCGGCUUGUUAAACACAAAGGAAAGUGACACACAGGCACUGGAGCUGCUGUGACCUGGGUGUGGGCUGGGGAAGACAGAAAUACCCUUUGCACUGCUGAGUACAGUUAUGGAAACACAAAGAAUAGGAGCAGGUUAGGUUGCCCUGGGAUGAGGCUCAGGGUGCAGUGUGUGGCUGCCUGGCUGCGGCCCCCGAGUGUUUGCAGAGCUGUUAGCAGAGCCAUCGUGCUGCUGCUCAUUAGCAGGAGCUCACAGGCAGUGUCUGCCUUGGACUGGUGGUCUUCAUUUCCGAACCUGUUAUAAGUGUGAACUUAAUGAGUAUAGUAUGUUUAUCCAGAGCCUAAUUUGACAUAGAUUGCAUUUAAUUUUUUUGAACUCAUCUACUGUGCAAUUUACUGGUGCUGCAUUCACAGCUGUGUAUAGUAAAAAUUGAUUUAAUACAACAUGUUUUCUGACCCAUAGCCAGGAGAACCUGAUGAACUGUGGGACAGUGAAGGACCGUCCGUGUAUUGCCAUGCUCCUCAGUGUCUGUGAUGUUUUGUGUUUCCCAUGGCCUUAGAGCUGUCCUGAGGCCAUGGCUGCUGCUCAUUCAUGGUGCAGAAAAGACUGCAGCACCCAGCAGCAUGGGCACAGGGACUGCUGCAGCACAGGCAGCUUCCCCUGCGGCUUCUGUUGUUCUGUCUUUUGCAAAUGCCUUAGCGGAAGCAUAUACUUAGGGUCUAACAUCCUACUCUGCAAAAUGGCAGGCCAGGUUUGGGGCCGUCAGGAGGCGGUUGCAUUGGAUGAGGCACCAGGGGUCCUUGGCUUCCUUUGCCGUUGCCCCAUUCCCACAUGCUCCCGUCCAUGACCAGGAUCUGGAGGCUGUGUGUUGUCCCCACUCCAGGAGCUGCCUGCAACUGGUGGCCCUGCAGUGCUGGUGCAGCCUACAAGAACAGUGUUUCUGUUGCCCUGGCUCUGCCUGCCCUGCGCCGCAUUCCUGACCACGCUGACCACAGGUGCCUGUGCAGCAGCCAUCUGCCCGCCUCGGCUUUGUUUGGCAAAGCCGCUCCUCACCCUGCGUCACGGUGCCGGCAGCCCGGCCCACAGCACUCCUCCCUGCCGACCAUGGGUGGGAGGGAGCGUCAGCCAUCCGGCACCUCUGGGUGCAUCCCCCUGGGCGUGGAGCAAAAUCCGAUGGGAAGUGGUGAGGCUGAGAGUGCUGAAAAUGCCACCGGCAACGGGCAGCAUCUGGGAUGGUUGCAGAGGUCUUCUGGAAUGGACAGGGUGCCCUUCAGAGGACUGACAUAGGUGUUUGUGGCCAGUGUGCAGCUGUGAAGGGACUGGCACUUCUGUCCCCUCUUGCCAGCACAGCUGCACAUCUCUUUGCUGCAGGGCUCCUUUGCUGGGGCUGCAGCAGGGAGCAUGGUCAGCGUGCUGUGUGCUGUGCUGCACGCGCUGCUCAGCUGCCUCAUCCCCCCUGCCAACCUGCUGGUGAUUGUGGCUGUCUGUCAGCUGCUGAGGAAGCAUCCGGGCUCUGGCUAUAUCUAUGUGCUCAACCUGGCUACUGCUGACCUGCUGGUGGGUGUGAUGUGCAUCACUGAGGCCCUGGACGACGUUCUGGAUGGGGACUUUGACCGCAGCAAGUCCUUCUGCCUCCUGCGCAUUUCCUUGAGCAUGACGCCGUGCAUUGGCUCCAUCCUGACCCUGCUGCUCAUCUCCCUGGACAGGUAUCUGGCAGUGAGGCUGCCACUCUCCUACCGCACGCUUCUGAAGAAAGCACCCGUGGCCCUCUCCCUCCUGUUCCUCUGGAUGCUCGCCUUCCUCCUUGGGCACUUGCCUCUCAUCUUUCCCUCCCUCCAGCAAAGCAACUACACGGGCUACUGUGGGCUGCUCUCUGUGGCCAGGAGUGAGUACCUCUACACCCUCUGCUUUGGCAUCUUUGCUCCAUCCCUGCUAGUGCUGCUGUGCCUACAUGUCUCAGUGUGCAGCAUUGCCUAUGCACAGCACACACGGUUGCCUCACUCCUGUACCCAGCCCGGGCCCCUCCGUGCCCGCCUGCGCCACUUCAAGGCACUGCGCACUGUGCUCUUUGUCCUCAUUGGCUUUGGGCUCUCCUGGGGCCCAUACCUGGUGGGGGGCACUGUGCAGGCUGCCUGCCGCUCCUGCGACCUGUCUGGCGCACUCAAGGACGCACUGUUCAUCCUGGGCGAGACCAACUCCCUCCUCAACCCUCUCAUCUACGCCCUGCACAGCAGAGACAUCCGCAGCCACCUCGCCAAACUGCUUGGCUGCAGACAGAGGGGCCGUGUGCAGCCCGUGGCCUCCAGCAUCCGCACCGUGGGUGGUGGGAGCUGGCCCAGGACAUCUGGGCUGUGAGAACUCCAUGUCCCAUCGUCCCCAUGGCUGCAGGGCCUGCAGUGGGACAGUGGUGCUCGGUGCGGCUGCAAGUAGAUCCCCCCACAGCAGCUGCUCAUGUUAUGCCAGGGGCUUCUCACCGCCCACUGCCCCUGCACCUGAACAAAUGCUGCUGGGGCUGUUGGUUGCUUUAUUCAAACUGUGGCCUCUUAUCCCCUGUGGAUGGGAGAACUACAUGCUGUGCUGUGCUGUGCCUGCAGCGGGCUGAACUGAACUGCUGUGUGCUAUGCUGUGCCUGCAGCUGACCAGACACCUCACAGUGCUCCCGGCAAGGGAAUGUGGACACUGCUGGCAUUGUGCCCUUUGUGGAUGCUGCUGAGUGCAGCAGUGCCAUGCUGUAGCCUCAGAACACCUCUUCCCCCUACCCUUGUCACAGGCCAUGCCUCAGCUGUUUGCUUUUACCUUUGUGCCAAAUUUAUGGUCUGAAAUGGGUGCUCAGCCCAGGCUGGCUUCUGCUGGGAGAUGAAAGGGAGUGUGCUGACAAGCAGUGCUCUGACGUCAGGCACGCAGUCACUGUGCCCUGCACAAAACUUCCUAGCCAAGGCACUCCUCACCACAAGCUGACACAACGUGAUCCGAUGCUGGCUGCACCCCACCCUGAGCUGUUCCAUCAGCAGGAUGGCCCCAGGACUGCAGUGCCCUUGGCCCACAGCAGGCAGGGUUGUGGGGCACCAGGAUCAGUGCCUGCCAGCACUGCAGCAUCGGAAUGCUCUGUCUCGGCCGGCUCUACUCACUUUGCCUUCACACCACACAUGCUGCUCAGACUGGAGCAUUUACUAUUGCCCUGACUGAGCUGCACAGCUCUUCGCUUAUGUCAGAAGUUGUGCAAAGGUACAAGAUCUUUAAAGUCUGUGUGACAAGGUACGCUGGUGGCUUCAUUUUGUCCCAUUGCUCAUUGGAAGGGAAGUUCAGGCAGCCACGCAGCUUAUCGAUGAGCCGCAGGAUCCUCACCCGCAAGGCUAGCAGCAGGAGCUCGUCCUCAUUCAGCUGGAGGGGGGCAUGUAGCUGCCCAGCCUGGCUGCCCUGAGAGAGUAGGGGGCAUCAGAUCUGCUUUGGGGGCAGGAUCAAGGCUGGGGCAGUGCAGGGGCACCCCCAUGGGUAAGGAAGAUUCCCUGCCUGCCCUGCUGCUGCUUCAGGAGCAGCUGAGCAUGCAGCUGGCUGUGCAUGUAAGAAAUACCUGCACUUUUGUUCCCACAUUGAAUUUUGCUUGUUGCCCCAUGGCAAGGAAGGAUACUGUGAUCUUAUCCUGGCCCAUGAUCCUGACCCCCACAUGCAGGUUCAGGGAGAGGAAGAUAGGGCUCAGUGGGGCGUAGGGUCCGGAUGACGCUGCACUACUUGGCCAUGUCCACCUCCUCACCCUGUUGCCUGCCCGGUCCAGGCACUGCCCUCCUGCAGUGUUCAUCGUUAUCCUAAAAGAGAGAAAAAACAACACUCCACAGCAAGGGGUACACCCUGCAGCAAUGCUGUCCCCAACACCCCAGGACCUGGUGCCAGUGCUCAGCAGGGACAGGACCUUGCUCAGGGUUCAGCACAUACAGGACCUCACAUAGUGUUCACCAAGCUGUGGCACAGGUUUGGGCCUGACACCCCAGCACAUGGUGUGGCACAGCCCUUUGAGUGUGGGGAGAGAAAAUAGGGGGAGAUGAAUCUUCAUUUUGUGCUGAGCACCUCCCAGCCAAGGUGUCCUGCCUUCACAGAAUUUCCACCAACGAGGGCAUGCUGCAUCAGCUCAGCACUGCUGUCUCUGCUUUUUCUGAGUGGCAUUGGUGAGUCUGUAAAACAUGCAUCCUCUCCCUAUAGAUCAUAUCUCCCCUAUUGUGUAUUUGCCUUUUAAUUUUGGAGUGCUGCUAAAAAUACCCUUUGUGAUCUUUGAAAAUGUGCAGUGGGAGCAAAGGUGCUGUCUGACACCAACGUACCACACAGUGCCGUGCGGGUGGUAGCAGGCGCUCCUACCGUUGGAUGCAAAUACCGCCUGUAUCUCAGUGUUACUUGCCUUGUCUUCCUGCACUAUGCAAACAAACCGCUUUUUCUCUCGUACAACGAUGACUGCCAGGUUUCCAGAUGGAUAGCUACCAUCAGAUAAGGUGUUCACAACUCCUUUGUGUACCUGGUUCACUGGUUAUUGCAUACCACGUAUCUCAGAGUGCUGCUUUGGAGCACACAGACUGACGCAUUGCCUGGGUUAUGGUGCAGCAGGCAGAACGGUGGUGUGCUGCAGUCCUACCUGGGGAAGGGCCAAAGUCCUUUCCGACAGAAAUGUUCUCUGUACACUGACAAAAAUGCGCUUUGUUGGUUUUUUAAGCAACAACCCAAGCAGAAUUGCUUAGAAGCCUUAAAGACACAUUUGUGGAAUCUGUACCGCUUAGGAUUGAAAGCACAGGCCUGGCAAAGGAAAGCAAUGAGCUCAACAUGAAUGAGGACAGAGAAAACAGGGCUAGGUCCCAUUCUCACAAAGAAAAGAAAAAGGAACAACCAGAGGGAAAAAAUGGCUUUGGCCCCUGGAACUGACCUGAACAUAUCCAAACAGUGGCUCUUUUGCACCUCACGGCUUGCAUCUCCAACAUGGCUCGCUGCUGGGAGUGCAUGCAUUUGAGGCACUUUGCCGUUUGCCACAGCCACAAAUGGCAGCAGCCCUGGGAUGAAGGCAGCCAGAGGGCAGAGCAGAGCUGUCCCCAGCCAGGCUGGCGUGAUCCUUCAGCUGAGCACUGGGCACACAAAUGUCCUUCCUGCCUUGAAGUUACUGGCUGACCUGAAGGAAUGUGAUUCCAAAGGCUGUGUAAGCUCUUUCCCUGCUGCGGUUUUUGGAUUGUAGAAGUGGUAAGCUAAGCUACCCCAUUAUACAGCAGACUAGAACAUACUGAAAGUUGUUGUGUUUACAGCCCUGGACUGUUGUAGGCAAACCAGACCCACAAAGGAUACAAUAACUGUGCUGUUCCAUCUGGGAGCAUAGUAAGAAACUUCCCUCCAUGUUUGUAGUAUUUCUCCAACAAUUCAUUCUUUGCUACCUAAGAUUGGAAAAGACAUGAUGAAAUGAGCAGCUGCAGCCCUGCACCCAGGCUCCCAUUUAAAGGCAGCAGCAAAGGGUUCUGCAGCAUGAUACAAGCCAGGUGCAAUCCAUUUCCUCUGGCAGCAGCCACUUGCCCUUCCGCCCAUAACAGUGAAGUCGCAGCAGGUGAUGCUGUAGGAGAUGGGCUCUUCCUCAAGCUCUGCUGCUCUCUCGCCAGGCAUCAGCGUCCAGCCCGUCAGAGAUGGUGGCUCCUGGGAAAGCAGGUGUGUUUUGAAAUGGAAUUAUAAAAGAUGCAGCUGCCAGGCACUGCUCAGCUCCACUCAGACACAGCGCCCUGAGCUCAGCGCUCUGUGGUGAUGGAGCCGUCCCUGGCAGUAAGGGUGGAGGGAGCAUGCAGUGGAUGCAGGACAGCUGCGCUCUGCCUUGCACUGUGUGUAGCACCUCCGUUCAGAUCCUUCUCUGACUAUGUGGUUCAGAAAUACUUGGCUUCUCUGGAGCCUGAUUCCUGCAAGCUCCCGUGCUCCCCCUCUGUGGGUAGGAUUACCUCUCCUGGGUGACCAUACUCUGCUCAGGGUUACUUGGGGCUCUGUGCCCUGCCUGUAUAUACUCUAUGGCUGUAUACCUCCAGUUAAACACAUUUUGAAUGUCUGCUUUAGUCAAAGAGCAGAAUCUCCUGCUAGAAGAUCCCCAGCACAGGAUAAGAGUGGGGAGGAGCCGUGUGCCUCCUGCUGCUCAGGUAUGCACUAUGAGCAUCUUUUCAACAUCCUGACGAAAGAGAAAUCUUUCCUCGAGGGAGUCCUGCACAGACUUGACAAAAGGCAUUAUUUUUAUCUCUCCUACAUGGGACUCUCAGGAAUUAACCAAAGAGCACCCAGCAGGGACCCACCUCGGCCCGCAGGCGGCCCCGCAGCACCUCAGGUCUGUAGGCCAGCGCGGCUGGCGGGCCGACGGAGGGCAGUGUGCGCAGCGGCUGUGCCAGCAGCUCCACAAAGUCCUCUAGGAACUGGGAGAGGGAAAGAGUGUGGAGUCAACUUUGUUCAAGGAAAAACCAUUAGGCAUAAAUGCAUCGCUGUAGGGACUGAGUAGUCUUUACCUCCAUGGCACACGUGAUGUCUAGUCCACUGGGCUCUCCUGGUGGAGCUGCAGGCAAGAGCAGUGCUGAGAGCUGCUGCACAGCACAGCCAUGUUCCUUGAGGCCUUCCGUGGCCCUCUGGGCUGCCCGGGGACUGUGCUGGAUCACAGAAGCUCAGGGGCGGCCUGCUGUUUGGGGCCAGGGACACAUCACUACACCUGGGAGAAUGUUCCCUGCCCCUGUGGUGCUGAGGGGAAGGAGCAGGGAGGGCACUGGUUUCAGCAUCUCUAGGUGCAGUCUGUGCUGUGUGUGUGUAUGCAAGGAGGGGCUUCAGCCUCUGAGGCAGCAGGGAUUGUCUCGUUGUCGGGCAUCUGCCGCUGCCCUUCUAAAUCCUUCUUUUCAGAAAAUAGGAAAAAAUUAGAAUGUGCAUUUGGGUGAGAUGGGGUGAUGUUCCUGCCUGCCUGAGCUGUGGGGAACGUGCCAGGGCAGGGAGUAGAAUGCAGUGCUGUGGAGCUGUGUGGGCAGUCAGAGGGCUGAUGGAUGUGGCUGCUGGUUUGUGUGAACCUUGUGAAACUGCAGUUUAAGGAGAUGCAGUUACUGUCCUCUGCAGUCAAGCUGUGCCAUGGAGCGUGUCCGCUCACAGAGCCCCCGAGGAGCUGCCUGUCCCCACAGAGACCUGCCUGGCACUAAAGGGAAGCAGGGGCUGCUCGAGGUGAUGCCCGGAGGGGCAGGGACCAGGCAGAAGCUGGCACUGCUACGUUCCCGCUGCCUCAGCCAGCGAGCGGGGCUGGCUGCUGAGUACCAGGCUGCGCAGCUCAUCUGGGCAGGAGAAGGGCUGCUGUGUUGCGAGCUGUCUUCUAAGGCCCUAAAGUGCCUCUCCCAGGGGUCCAUCGUGCUGUGCCGCGGGCUGGCAGGGCGUCCCCCCACCCCGUGCUCUGUCCCGCAGCCGUACCGGGGCUGCCGGUGAGCGGGAGGGAGCUGCGGGCAGGGCACCCAGCACGGCCCGCCGGCUGUUCUUACGUGGUUCUCUGCAGGCACGGUCCUGGAGCCAGCUCGCUUCUGGCUGCCGCGACGGCGACCUUCCCGGUGGUUUCUGUGUGGCAUUGGCACCGGCACCGUCUGGCACUUCCAUGUCCGUUCUCUGGGACAGAAACCCGCGUGUUAGUCCUGUGCAGCAACUCCAAAGCAAUUGCCUUAGAAGAAUGUCGUAUUACACGAAACUCUACUCAACGUAUGCGAUCAGAAACGCCUGGCAGCGCGCACAGGGAGGUGCGGCUCGGCCCCCGCUUGCUUCCGAGGGGGUGGAUGCGCAGAGAGCUCUCCGGGCGGAAGGCUGCUCGGCCCGCGCUGCUCCUCGCGUCCUCCGCGCGGCGGCGGUCCGAGCAGCUCCCGCUCGGUCUCAGCCGUUGCGACGCCGCGUGCGGUCUCCGUGGUGACGCGGGGCGGUGGCGCAGCGCGUGGUGCGGGGAGGCCGCGGGGACGCACGGGGCGGUGCUGCGCUCCUGCGCGGAGCGGAGGUCCCCGCAGCUCCUGCGUCGGUGUUCAGAGCGGAGGAUGCUCUUAGGAAGAGCGAUGUCAGCGCUGCGUCGCGUCAGUGGAAAAACCUUUUCCGGACGCCGCUCCUGCUGCGGGUACCGCCCGGGGCCCCGCGAUGAGCCGGGACGGAGGCGGCGGCGCGGCUGUGCUGGGAUGGCCGGCGCUGCCGUGGUGCGUGCCGGGCCUGCUGGUGCUGCCGGGACGUGGGGGUGGCUGGUGACACAGAGCUGUCUCCCUGCUGGCACGGCCGGCCCUGGGGCAGCUCCACCAGCGCUGGUGUUGCUGGUCACGACGGGUAGAUUUUUACCUGGGUGCAUUUCAGUCUGUUCCAAAGUCAGAUGGCUUUGUUUAUGAUCAGGAGUUCUGUAAACAAACCCGGGGCAGCCCCAGUGAUGUUUUUGAGUAUGGUGAGGAAGUUCCAUAACCCCACGGGUGUGCAGCUGCCCGGUGCCGGCACCUGCCUGCCUUCUGUGGCCUUGGAUGGUGGCAGCAGGGGAGCCUGGAGCACCUGGGCCGGGUGUCAGAACCAGUGCUGCCGGUACAUCUGCUGAGUUAACGGGGCAACACAUCACUUCUUGGCUGUACCACCUGAGGUACACCUCCUAAAUUCAGUUUUAUCAGUUAUAGGAAAAGAUACUGUGUGUUGCAGGGUUUUUUUUUUUUUUCUUGUUAGGUUGGGUUUGUUUUUUGUAAAAUAUAAUACAAGUUUCUGUUUCAUCAGAGGAACUGAAUGGUGGUGGAAACCACAGUGAAAUGAUGUUGAAUUAUCAGAUGUGGGUUACAGGCAGCACUGGGGUAAUUAAUUCCAUGUUGUGAAUCCCACUAUACUCAUUGGCUUGCUUCAGAGUGGUGUUUCACACAAAAAGCUCUUAAGGCCCAACACAAAUUUUCAGUAAGAAAAAUUGUUUUCCACUAUAAAUGCUGCUGAGAUAUGGGAAAAUGAAUUAAACUCUUGGGAAUUCACACUUAACACGUCCUGCUAAAAGCACAGGCGUUAGCUCCCAUCAGAGCCAGGGCCUUGACUUUGAUCCUGCUUAAGCAGGAGUAAAUGAGUUCGCUCGGCUGAUGCUGGAGUUCUGCCAGUGCAGUGCAAAUGAGAUCCAACGUGGCAUCUUAUGGGAACUGGAUACGAAAAGAUUAGACUAAUUCCUUGUGAGGUUUUUUCCAUAACUGCUUUCAAAUUCUCAAGGACAGAGCAAGCCGCCCCGCUCUGAUGCUUUCCUUGUAUUUCUCUUGUGCUUUUCUGUGGAUGGCUGCCCAGCACUGCCUGGCAUUUGCAUAGGGAUUUGUGCUGUAACUCCAGAGAUCUCUUCCCUGAACACAUGUGGCUGGGUGCAGCCUUCCUCCCUGGGUAUUACUUUACGUUUAUUCACACCAAGCUCCAUCUGCCCUUUUACAUGUAGCUUUUCACUACUGCAAGGCUUACCGCCUCCAGGUAACUCAGCUGCGUUUCACCUCACAGCGCAGUGGCUCUAAAUGGCACCCUGCUGUUUGGCCAAGACAUGCAGAGCUCGUGGCUUUCGUGAGUGACUCCCAGAGAAGGCUCCUGUUAGCAGUGCGGGACGUGCAGGCCGCUCCAGCUCCCACGGCACGCUGGUUUCAGUGUGGGUCUCCCAGCAGCAGGGCUGGCAGUGGGACCUGGCAGCAGCCGCCAUGCGCAGCAGGACAGCAUGCAGCACAGUGUUGUUUUUGCAAAAUAUUUAUUACAAAAUAAAAGUAAAUAUGGCAACAAAAGUUAAAUAGCAAAUGACAUGACACUGGCCAUAAAGCUCUUGCUGUAUUAUUCUAAUCUUUUACAAUGACCAAGUAUGUCUCCAAGGGAAGCUGCACAUGGACAGCCUGAAUUUAUUUCUGUAUUAUUGGCUCUAGCUAUCUGGGGAUAUUAUGCUGUGUGCCCUCUGCCAUCACGAGGACCUGGCUGUGAGCAGCUGUGCUGUGUGCAGGGCUCCCUCGUGUCCCUCGCAAGGGCCAGAGCCAGCGAUUCCCUCUGAGACCUGCUGGGCUUCACCCCAGUCCUCCAGUCUUCCCUCCCCUCUUCUUUUAAAAGGGCAGCAAAUGAUCCGGUGCCCAUCCUUUUAAAUAAGGCAGCAGGAAAUGGAGUAGCAAUGCUGAAGUACCUACUGAUAUGCUCUGAGCCUCAUCUCUUGUGAUAAGCAGCUUGGAUUUCCUUCUUUUACCACCUAUUAAAGACUCCUGAAGUUCACCGGUGAGAGCAAGUCUGUUUUCCUGCUUGAGAGGGCUUCUAGGUGCACUCUAAACAGGAAUGCAGUCCUUCAUAUCUCUCAAGCCACGUGU